UCCAACGUCAAGCCAAAUUUAUUCCAGUACUUAUUUCAGAGACUCACUCUGGACUGAUUUUUCGUUGUGGGAUUGAAACUAUGAGUCAGCGACACGUUUUACAGGUUUUUGAGCAGUACCAGAAAGAAAGGAUGAAGUUUGUGCAAACAGUUGCAGAACUUUCAGUAAGACCUCAGAAUAUCGAAACACUUCAAAAUGCAGGUGUGAUGUCCCUCCUGAAGCCUCUUCUCCUGGAUGCGGUCCCAACUAUCCAGCAGUCAGCUGCUCUGGCUCUUGGAAGACUCGCCAGCUACAGUGAUGAUCUGGCCGAGGCUGUGGUGAAGGGAGGCAUUCUGCCUCAUCUCGUCUCCUCGCUGUUUAAGCAGAACCGCUUCUAUAAGAAGGCAGCAGCGUCUGUUCUCAGUGCCGUGGCGAAGCACUCACCCGAGCUGGCACAAGCAGUGGUAGACUACGGUGCCCUCGAUGCUCUUGUCAUCUCCCUGGCGGAGUUUGAUCCUGUAGUGAAAGAAGCUGCUGCAUGGACACUAGGCUACAUCGCUCGCCACAACAGCUCAUUGGCUCAGGCAGUGGUGGAUGCAGGUGCUGUUCCUCUUCUCGUUCUCUGCAUCCAGGAGCCCGGAACUGCCCUGAAGAGGAUUUCCGCUUCAACGCUGAGUGACAUCUCCAAACACUCGCCAGAGCUUGCACAAAUUGUAGUGGACGCCGGAGCCAUUGCACACCUGGCCCAAAUGACCCUGAACCCAGACACCAACCUGAAGAGGCACGUGUUCUCGGCUCUAGGCCAAAUCUCCAAGCACUCUGUGGAUCUGGCAGAGAUUGUGGUGGAGGCUGAGAUCUUCCCUGCUGUACUGGCCUGCCUUAAAGACCCAGAUGAAAAUGUGAGGAAGAACAUCAGCACGCUGAUGCGAGAGAUCACAAAACACACCCCUGAGUUAUCCCAGAUGAUCGUGAAUGCCGGCGGUGUAGCAGCUGUGAUAAAUUAUCUAGGGGACUCCAGAGGGAGCGUGCGAUUGCCUGGUAUCAUGAUGCUCGGCUAUGUGGCUGCACACUCUGAGAACCUCGCCAUGGCUGUCAUUGUAUCUAAGGGCGUACCACAGCUGGCUAUCUGUCUGGCAGAGGAGACAGAGGAUCACAUGAAGGCUGCAGCAGCCUGGGCACUGGGGCAGAUUGGCCAACACACACCUGAGCAUGCAAGAGCUGUGGCCAUGUCUAACGUGCUCCCCAAACUGCUGAGUCUCUACCUGGACACACAGAGCUCUGAGGAUCUGCAAGUCAAGGCAAAGAAGGCUUUAAAGAGCAUCCUUCAGAAGUGCACUUACCUUCCAGCAUUGGAGCCACUUCUCUACGAAGCUCCCAGCAAUGUUCUCAAACACGUUAUCUGCCAGUUCAGCAAGGUUCUUCCACAUGACAGUAAAACACGGAGGUUGUUUGUAACUACCGGAGGACUGAAGAAGGUGCAGGAAAUUAAAGCUGAACCCGGCUCUGAUCUGCAGGAGUACAUCAACGCCAUUAACAAAUCCUACCCCGAGGAGAUAGUCAGGUACUUCUCACCUGGAUAUUCAGAAGCACUACUAGAAAGGAUCGAGAAGUAUCAGCCUGUUUAGUACAGGAAGUUCAUCUCCAUGAUUAGCACUUUUUACUGCUUUAUGAAAUAAUCUUAUUAAAUUCAGGGCACUGUGAUAUUUGGCAUUUGCAUUUGCUUAUUGACCCUUUGUUGCAGCACUGUAUGUAGUAUACUGUCAAAUGUGAUUUGAAUUUAUUUUCAUGUUUUGUUAAAAGCAACAAUGCGAUGUUUGCCAUUUAACCCUUGCAUUAUGCUUUUAUCUAGCUUUUCUGCUGUAGACUACUAACUACACACAUCACAGUUAUUUUGUUGCUUGCUAAAAUUUCACAUUUUUAUUGAUAAUCAUCAAUAAGGAAUCCCUUAAAAUUGAGAAGUAGAUGAAUAGUUGUGUAAUUCUAAAGCAUUAAUAAAAUCAUAAUCACGAUCUAUUCGGUGAUUGGACAAUGGAGUAAGGCAGAAUUGAAGAUGGGGCCGAAUAUUGAAUAAAUUUAACUGACUUUUAGGCGUUGUUUCGCUUUUUUAAUUUGUCAGUUCCGUUGUAAAUAAUGACUUUAAUCAUUUUACAUGGUUUUAUUUUUUCCAAAAGUAUUUUUGCAGAUUAUAUUCUGUAAAUUAGUCAUUUUCAACCAUGUGUUAUAGAUUUAUAAUGUGCAGUUUUCUGUGACAUUCUCUAAAUAUAUUAGUUUUGCUUGUUUUUAUUAAAGAGGAUUUGACUGAAUUAAAUGCCACAGUCUGCUGAAGGUUAGUACAGGAUUAGAGUCA